GUGGGGCCAACUCGCUUGGAGGAGGCAGUGGCGGGCACAAGAUAGGGCUUCUGCAGCUGCAGGUAGACGGGCAGAAGAGAAGUCGUGGGUCUUGUCUGGUCACAGAGGAGGAGACUAAAAGCACAGAUAGAUGCAUAAAGCGACUGGUGUGGAGGAGUGGGAGAAGCCUUCUAAAUAUUAGACUCUUGAAAAACAGGAUGCAGAAGUCCUUUUGCUAUAUUCCCAUUGUGAGCAGUGUGACCCUGUGGGAGAGAGGCUCACCUACCACAAGUCCUGUCCCUCGUUGUAAAACCACAGCUUCGCCCUGCUCCAGAUUCCUUACUCACAUGAAGAAAUUUUCCUCAUCACAGAAAACGGAUAAAUUGCAUUUUCUGCCAUUUCCAGGAUCUAUAGGGACUCAUAGUCCAAUGACAGGUAAAAGACUACUUUGUGUUCACCAGUACACAAUCCCCAAGUCUCCUGCGAGCACCAUUUCCCUCGAUGAAGAAAUUGGUGAAGAAGCCUGUCCUUCCCUGUCACCAUCCAGUGAAAUGGAGGAAGAUGAUCUGCUCUUUACCAUCAAUGAAGGGCAGAAGCCAUCUAGACGACUAUCCAAGCAGACCUGGGUCAGCCCAUUUCUGGAAAUGCAAGCUGCCAGUAAGCUUCUUAAAAGAUCACAGUCAGUGAAUACCAUUUCUCUGGAAGCUUCAGGUAGACAUAUCCCACUUCAGAACCAUCCCUUGGUCAACUCCAAGGGAGAUUCUGGUCCUGCGAUGAGACCUUUUACCGCCAUUGGCCUCUGCAGAAGUGUCAGUCAGAACUACUCUUCCCAGCCGAUCAUUAAGACUUCUGAAACUGUGCAGCAGGAUAAAGCUACAGCCUUGGGAUCCCCAACACAAACAGAUUCCCUAACCGUGUGCGGAAGUGCAUUAGGAAGAGGCACGGUUGCCAUAACACCAGAGACAACCCUCAAGCAUCCUCAUCUCCCCACUGAACGGAGGCCAAAGGCUGUUAUCUCUUUCCCCGCCCGUGUGGUCAAAGAACCCCUGCCUCUGCUCGUGGGCUCUUCUACCCGUUUAUUUUCCAAGAAGUUAAUGAAGGCUUGCUCUUCAGUGGCCCCGCGCCCACCCCGGGAUUCCCAUAAGACUUGUUCACAGAGUCUUUCGAAGCCCAUGGUGAAUACUCACACAAACUGCUGAGAAGGAAUUGUUCUGCGAGCUCUGCCCAUCUUCCAAUCAAUGCCUGCCCAGAACAACAGAAAGGGCCUCAGAUGUAUUGGUUUCCACAGAACCAUUGUUAUGCUUUGUGAAGCAUUUUUGAACCUAAUAAAUAAUGUCAAAAGUCUCUAUCGCCGCC